AUGCCCCAGCUCAACGGCGUCAACGGCGCCAAUGGAGCUUCACAGGAGAUACGAGUCAACCUCCUGGGCAAGGAGAGCAUCAUAAUCAACUUUGGACUCUGGCGAAAUUACGUUGCCCACGACCUCUUGACCAACCUCAAAUCAUCAACAUAUGUUCUCAUCACCGACACAAACAUCUCCAAGCUCUAUGUCGACUCGUUCAAGGCUGCCUUCGAAGCCGAGAGAGGUGAAGCGGCUUCCAGACUCCUGGUCUAUGAAGUUCCGCCAGGCGAGAGCUCAAAGUCACGUGAGACCAAGAACGAUAUCGAGGAUUGGUUACUGCAUCAGAAGCCUCCAUGUGGAAGGGACACUGUUAUCAUCGCUCUCGGUGGAGGUGUGGUCGGUGACUUGACGGGCUUUGUCGCCGCGACCUACAUGCGUGGUGUCCGCUUCGUCCAGGUGCCAACUACCUUGCUUGCCAUGGUCGAUUCAUCAAUAGGCGGCAAGACGGCAAUCGAUACUCCCCUCGGCAAGAAUUUGAUCGGAGCGAUAUGGCAGCCGGAGCGAAUAUAUAUAGACCUGGACUUUUUGGGAAGCUUGCCAAAGAGAGAGCUGAUCAAUGGUAUGGCUGAAGUCAUCAAAACGGCUGCCAUUUCCGAGGAGGAAGAGUUCGCCUUCCUUGAGGCUAACGCCGAGAUCAUUAUGAAUGCUGUCAACGCAGACAUGAGCAGGGGUGCGGCGCGAUUCCAUGGCAUUGAGAACAUUCUCAUCCGAGCCAUUUCAGAAUCUGCCAAGUUCAAGGCUCGAGUAGUGACAGAAGAUGAACGAGAGGGUGGUCUGAGGAAUCUGCUGAACUUUGGUCAUUCCAUCGGUCAUGCGAUUGAGGCCUUCCUCACCCCACAAGUGCUGCAUGGCGAAUGUGUGGCCAUUGGAAUGGUCCUAGAAGCCAUCUUGGCGCGCUACUUGGGUGUGCUCAGCGGUGUCGCGGUUGGACGUUUACAGAAAUGCUUGGCCGCCUACAGUCUCCCUACCCAGCUUGAAGACGACCGGAUCAGACAGCUAUCCAAAGGCAAGCACUGCCCGCUCGAAGGACUGAUUACAAAGAUGAGCGUGGACAAGAAGAAUGUGGGUGCCAUGAAGAAGGUGGUCCUGCUAUCUGCUAUUGGGCAAACAUACGAGCAGAAGGCCAGUACUGUCUCUGACGCAGAUCUAAGAGUUGCCCUGGCCCCAAGCAUCCAAGUCACUCCGGGUAUCCCUGCUGGACUCAAUGUCACCUGCACUCCACCAGGCUCCAAAAGCGUCUCGAACCGUGCUCUGGUUCUCGCUGCUCUUGGUUCAGGAACUUGUCGAAUGACGAACCUCCUCACUUCUGCCGACACUGAGGUCAUGCUAGAUGCUCUUUCAAGGUUGGGAGCUGCCACUUUCGAAUGGGAAGACGAUGGUGAAACUCUGGUCGUUCACGGCAAAGGUGGUAACAUGUCAGCUUCCGAAAUGGAUCUCUAUCUGGGAAAUGCGGGAACCGCGGCUCGCUUUCUCACCACAGCUGUGACCUUGGCCAAACCUAGCUCGGUUAAGUCCACAGUUGUGACCGGCAAUGCGAGGAUGAAGCAGCGACCGAUCGGCGAUUUGGUUGAUGCACUCCGCGUCAACGGUGCGCAAAUCGACUAUCUCGAGAGCAGUGGCUCUCUUCCGCUACGGAUUGGCGCCUCCGGUGGUUUUCAGGGUGGUGAAGUCAGACUUGCCGCAAAAGUCUCCUCGCAGUACGUUUCGUCUCUACUCAUGUGCGCGCCAUAUGCGAAGACACCAGUGACGCUGAAGUUGGUUGGUGGGAAGCCCAUCUCGCAGCCUUAUAUCGACAUGACUACUGCCAUGAUGGCACAAUUCGGUAUCAAGGUUGAAAAGUCCAAGACGGAGGACCACACAUAUCACAUUCCACAAGGCGCGUAUCGCAAUCCUCCAGAAUAUGUCGUGGAGAGCGAUGCGAGCUCCGCAACAUAUCCAUUGGCCAUCGCAGCCAUCACAGGGACGACAUGCACUAUUCCCAAUAUUGGCUCGGCCUCACUGCAGGGUGAUUCAGCUUUCGCUGUGGACGUGCUGAAGCCCAUGGGCUGUACCGUCAAGCAGACAGAAACCUCAACAACCGUCACUGGCCCAGCUCAAGGUAAACUUAAGCCUCUACCGAACGUCGACAUGGAGCCCAUGACGGAUGCCUUCCUCACUGCCUCAGUCCUGGCCGCUGUGGCCCAAGAUGGAAAGUCAUGUACGACCCGUAUAUAUGGCAUUGCAAACCAAAGAGUGAAGGAAUGCAAUCGCAUACAGGCUAUGGAAGACGAGUUGAGGAAGUUCGGCGUCAAGUGCCGGCAAUUCGAUGACGGUAUUGAAGUGGAUGGUAUCGACAGAUCGAAGCUGAAAGAGGCCGAGGGCGGCGUCUACUGCUAUGAUGAUCAUCGCGUGGCCAUGAGCUUCAGCGUUCUCGCUCUGGUGGCCAAUGAUCCUACUCUGAUCCUCGAGAAGGCUUGCACGGGGAAGACUUGGCCUGGCUGGUGGGACACAAUGCACCAGCUGUUCAAAGUGAAACUCGAAGGUCAAGAGCCAGUGGGUGGCCAUGCUGACACCCGAAAACAUGUCAAUCGCAGCUCGGGAUCAAUGUUCAUCAUCGGUAUGCGCGGAGCGGGUAAGACGACCACAGGUAGAUGGGCCGCGAAGUCACUGGCUAGCGAGCACAAAAAGCUCAUCGACCUUGAUACGGAAAUGGAAGAACGCGAAGGUCGGCCCAUACCGGAUAUCGUUCGCCAGAGCGGAUGGGAAUACUUCCGCAAGGUUGAGUUCGACAUCUUGAAGUCGGUGAUGAAGGAGCUUCCACGGGAUCAUGUCUUCGCUUGCGGUGGAGGCAUCGUUGAAAAUGCUGAAGCACGAAAACUGCUCGUCGACUGGCACAAGAAGACAGGCCAUGUGCUACUAGUAGAACGCGACAUCAACCAAGUUAUGGACUUCCUGCGAAUCGACAAAACGCGGCCAGCGUAUGUUGAGGAUAUGAUGGGAGUAUGGUUGCGGCGAAAACCUUGGUUCGAGGAGUGUAGCAACAUCCUCUACUACAGCCAGCGUGUUCCGGGCGAGAACCUGUCUCAAGCAGCUGAGGACUUCGACCGCUUUCUCCAAAUGGUUACCGGAAGAUACGACGCUCUUUCUGAGCUGAAACGGAAGCAACAGUCAUUCUUUGUCGCUCUCACCUACCCAGAUAUUCGACCACACCUGCAUACACUGCCGGAAGUUGCGUUUGGUUCAGAUGCUGUCGAGCUGCGUGUUGAUUUAUUGAAGGAUCCGCAAGCAGAUGACGAGAUUCCAUCUGUCGAGUAUGUGACAUCGCAACUGUCACUGCUCCGCGCCAGUGUUCCUGUUCCUGUGGUCUUCACCAUCAGAACCAGGUCACAGGGUGGAAGUUUUCCUGAUGACGCCCACAAGGAAGCACUGGCGCUCUACAAGCUGGCUAUCAGGAUGGGUAGCGAGUUUGUCGACCUCGAAGUUGCUUUUCCUGAUACACUGUUGAAUGAGGUCCUCGAGCUGAGGAACAACUCCUUCUCUAAGAUCAUUGCCUCUCACCACGAUCCACAGAGCACGCUCUCUUGGUCCAAGAACGGUUCAUGGAUUCCAACCUAUAAUAAGUGCCUUCAGUACGGAGACAUUGUCAAGUUGGUCGGCAUUGCGCAGACCGUUGAAGACAACUUUGCCCUUCGUAACUUCAAGUUAUGGGCUGCCCGAUCACAUCCCGAUGUCCCUGUCAUUGCCAUCAACAUGGGUCGGACAGGACAACUUUCGCGCAUCCUUAACAACUUCAUGACUCCUGUCACACACCCUGCCCUCCCCUUCAAAGCUGCUCCGGGCCAGCUCUCCGCGAAAGAAAUCCGCACCGCCCUAGCCCUCAUGGGCGAGGUCGCACCCAAGCAGUUCUACCUCUUCGGCACCCCCAUCAGCGCAAGCAAAUCGCCCGCCUUGCACAACACACUCUUCGGUGCCACAGGUCUCCCACAUAAUUAUGCCGCCAAAGAGACCGAUGGCCUCGCCGUGAUCAGGCCCCUGAUCCGCGCAUCCGACUUUGGUGGUGCCAGCGUCACCAUCCCUCUCAAACUCGACAUCACCUCCCUUCUCGACUCCGUCGACGAAACCGCACAGAUCAUCGGCGCCGUCAACACCAUCGUCCCCGUCUCCGAUUCCAAUAACCCCGACUCCGCACCCAAGCUCGUCGGUCGCAACACCGACUACACAGGCAUGAUGGACUGCCUCCGCUCCGCCGGCGCCUCCGGCCUCCUCGGCGAAGGCGUGCAAGCCGGUCUCGUCGUCGGCGGCGGCGGCACCGCUCGCGCCGCCAUCCAAACCCUGCACAGCAUGAGCUACAGCCCCAUCUACCUCCUUGGCCGCUCCGUAGCCAAAGUGACCGACAUGGCCGCCAGCUUCCCGUCCAACUACAACAUCGUUGUAGUGGACGCCGCUAGCCCUUCAGCAUUGAGCGCCUUCAGUCCCAUGCCCAAGGUCGCCAUCGCCACUAUCCCCGCCAACGUUCCCAUCGACGGCCCCCUUGCAGCAACACUCAACAAGCUCUUCCUCGCCAGCAAGGCCGACGGGGGUCGCGUGCCGGGUGAGAGGAAUGUGCUGUUGGAGAUGGCGUAUAAGCCCGCGUACACGGAAGUUAUGCGCAUGGCGGAGGAAGUGGGGAGGUGGAGGACGAUUCAGGGGUUGGAGACGUUGGUCACGCAAGGGAUGUGGCAGUUUGAACACUGGACUGGCGUGCGGGUGAGAGGCGUGGCGGGAGGGUUGUGUCGUGUAAGUUCCUUUCUGCCCCUUUUUCUAUCGCUGAGUGGUGAGGAAAAUGCUAAUUGA